AUGUUCUUGCGUUAUCUGAGGAUACCGGCUGUCACGCGUGCCGCCCGUACGGCGCGACUCUUUUCGACUACCGCCCCAGCUUGGACCCAGGCUAAUGAGUCCACAUCACCGAGCUUCUUUGGCAGCAUGAGAAAUAUCUUUGCAACCAAAAAGACAGAAAAACAGCGGGAGCUCGAAAACAGAGAAGCUCGCGAGAAUGCAAACAAUCCUUACAUUCAGUAUCCGCUUAUCACCAAAGAGCAGAUGAAGAGCAUCACCUAUGAUCGCUUCAAGUUCGAGACAGCUUACUCAUCUUUCGCUCACCACAGCAUGAACACGGAUCCUACCGUGCAUUCUCUCAGUGACUUGACCGACCCUACCCAACUCAAUACGCUUCUUCCGAGACGUAGGCCCCACGGCUCACCCGCUGACACACUCUCCAUCAAGGCAGGUGAUGAUGCCAUGCUCAUCUCGCCUACUGUAAUGGCGAUCGCUGAUGGAGUGUCUGGAUGGGAAUCCAAGGGCGAACAGUCUUCGUCUGGUAUCUGGGCGCGGUCCAUGGUCGAGACUGUCAGUCGCUUGAUGACGGAAUACAAAAUCAGCCAUACCCCACAUUACUUGAAUGACAGAGACAUUGAACAAAUCUUGGACGAUUCGUACCUCCACACAUCGCAUCUUAUGGACUUGCAGGGCUUGAAGGGCCUGUCUACGUUGGUCUUGUGUAUGUUGAGUGGCGACACUUUAAAGAUGGUCAGUAUCGGUGAUCUGAAGAUAUACGUGGUCAGAAAUGGUGAGAUCAUCAAGACAAACGAAGAACAAAUGGUCUCUGACUUGUGUCCGCAGCAAAUUGGUACACAGACGCUCAAUGUGAUGCCCUCUGAAAUGGCAUGGGUCGACGAAAUCGAGUUACAGGCCGACGACAUUAUUGUCAUGUGCUCCGAUGGAAUCUCCGACAACUUGUACGACUGGGAGAUCUUGCAUAUCCUUGACGAGUUCUUGAACUUCAAGAAGGACAAUGUACGGACAGUUGCUAAUAAAUUAUUGGCCAAAUGUAAGCAAAUUGCAUUUGACGACAAUGCCUACACUCCAUACAAUGAGAAGGUAAACAAACUACCCAAAAGUCGGUUCGGCAAAAAUUACAGUUUGGGAGGCAAACUCGAUGAUAUGUCGCUUUGCAUUGCCAAGGUGGUUGUGAACGAGCCCAAGAAGACCGCCAAGAGGUCAAACCAAGAGACUAAAUAA